CCAUGCACUCACAUUACCCUUUGGCCUUGCCUUGCACUUCGCCUAAGCCAAAAGAAAGUACAUGCAAGAGAGAGAAAGAGAGACUCGGUCACUGCCUCUGUCUCCAAUCAUCCACAUUCAUCAUGCCAUGUUACUCUCCCUCUUAUACUCUUAGCCUCCUCUUCUUCCUCACCAAUUCAACAACAUGCUAGGGUCACUCACAAUGCUGCUCUUUCAUACUCAACUCUUCAUACAUUAUUGGAGAUGAAUAGGAUGAGAGGGGAAAUUGAAGAGGGCAAGGAGAUUAGCCCAAUGUUUCCAAGGUUGCAUGUUAAAGAUGCAGAGAAAGGAGGGCCAAAAGCACCCCCAAGGAAUAAGAUGGCACUCUACGAACAAUUCAGCAUUCCUUCUCAAAAUUUUGCUUCAGGAUCACCAUCCUUAUUUCCACUCCCGUUCAGAAACUACACAGGUCCUACAGCAUCGAGCCACGUGAGUCAAGUGAAGAUCAGUAGCAGUCAAAGCAUCCAAUUCGGCACCUCCAUUGCACCUUCUAUUCUGCCUGAGAAAACUCAAACAUAUAAUUCCAGAAGGAAUAACUUAACCAAAUUCACGCAAGAAGAUUUCAUCGAUAGUAAGAAUUCUCUGAAAACACUUGAUGGUGAAGAUUCUUUUGUAACUUCUGGUCCUGCAUAUGCAAAAAAAUCAUGUUGUAGCAUCAUCCAAAAUAAUAAAGAUGAAGACAAACUUGCUCGUUGUAAUUUGAGCUAUUCGCUUAAAAGUCUUGAUUCAUUUAGGAAGAAGGUGAAUUCACUUGGUGUUGUUGAACUGAAGUCAGCACAAUAUGGGAAGAACCAGAUGGCAGAGCAUAUAGAAGUGAGUCAAAUUGAUCAGAAGAUAGAGGAAGGGCUUACUCACUCGUUAGAUGGUUUUGGUGGCAUGCCAGAUGCAUCAUCAUUAAUCUCAUUGGUUAAAGGUAAGAAUUCUAUAUCAAUGAAUAAAGAAAAUAGAUCUUUGAAGGAUGAAAUUCGAAGUAUUUCAGUAGAUAGCUUGAAAACAUUGCAAGGUGGCAGUGUCCAUACACAUGAAGAUCAUGCAGCUUUUGGGGACAAAAUCAACUCAAGGGACCAUCACAUUGAGAAGCCAACAGCUAGUGAUGUUCAAAAAUGUCCUGCAGAGUUAGAAAUUGGUAGAAGGUUCUUCCUGGAUAAGGGUGAUAGGAAUGAAGAUGAAGAGACAAACAGGCAUUAUGGUGCCUUAAAUAAAGUCAAUUCGGAAUGUACAAUGGUUAUGGAUAUUACCCCUGACAAUGUUGUAGAAGCUAUAGGUGUACAACAAUUUUGGAAAGCCAGAAGAACUAUCAUCAAUCAACAGAAAAUCUUUGUCAUGCAAGUAUUUGAGUUGCAUAGACUGAUUAAGAAGCAGGUGCAAAGAUUAAUCGCAGGCUCACCUCAUAUAUUGCUUGAAGAUAACCUUUUACUUAACAAGCCACCACCAAAAACAUCCACAACCAAGAAAUUACAAUCUGAUGACUUUGUCGGUGAAAAACCAUCCUCAGUUGUUAAACUUGACAGCAAAUCUGGGAAUGCCCCUCCUACCGAGCAUGUUACAAACAAUGCAUUUGGGAAGAUUCCCAUUCCUUGUGUCAACAACAUAACCAAAGGCCAUGCUAAUCAACUGCCAAACUACAGCCAUCAUUUAGGAAACCUUGCAGUAGCCUCUGCAGAUUCAAAUUCCAAACAGUCCCCAAGCUAUGUCUACCCCCCACCAGGAAACCAGUGGUUAGUUCCUGUCAUGUCCCCAUCUGAAGGCCUAGUAUACAAACCAAUCAUAGGGCCAUGCCCUCCAAAUGCAGGCUUCAUGGCACCCAUAUAUGGCACUUGUGGCACAGUGAACUUCAAUCCAGGAAGCAAGGAUGCUUCUUUAGAUGCAGCUCUUGCUCCAAGUUCUCAACAAAAGUUUGGACUCCUUUCUGGUCCAUCUUUACCCCAGUUUUUACCACCACCAUUCGUGCCUCCAUCUUCUAUAUCAGCUUCAGCUGUUGAGCAAAUGGGGCAGUCUAAUGGCCCGGAAAAUCACCACUCAUGUGGAGAAGUCAAUUCUGCCAUACUGCACCAAAGCUCAUCUAACAUCUCCAGCCCCACUAGUCAAGUGAUGUCAAUAAACAUUUCAACUUACCAUUCGGUGAAAGAUAAAGAAUUGCAGAGAAGCACAGCUAGCAGUCCAUCCAAGAGGACGAGUGGAGAAUUGCUUCCUUUGUUUCCUUUGGCACCAACAUUUUGUCACACAGAAGAUAGGAGCACACAGGUUGAACAACAGCCACGGGUAAUCAAAGCUAUGCCUCACAAUCCAAAAUCAGCUACUGAAUCAGCUGCAAGGAUAUUCAGAUCAAUACAAGAAGAAAGGAAGCAUUUGUAACUAAUGACAUAGUCUGUCCCAUGACAUGGCAUGUCUGUUAAUUCCAGAUAUUUCUAGUUUGUCAAUAUACUUUCCCUGACACUCUAACACUGUAUCUAUAACCAUUUUUUCUCUGGUAAAUAUACCUGCAAUGUAUUGAUAAUAAUACUCAGGACUUUUAAGGAAGAGGCACAUGCAUGGGUGGAAGCUGAAGCAGCAUUGUAAAUUCAUGAUACUAAAUUUGUACCAACCACUUGAAGAAAUGUAGACACCUCAUGCAGCUAGCUCUGCCAUGUACAAAGAAGUUGUCAUCCGGGAACAAAACACACUCUAGCAAGGCAACUGCAAUAAUGUACACACUUAAUUUUUUUGAUACGUGUACACACUUGAUUAUUUACACAUCUGAUUUUUUAUUUUUUUUUUGUAUUUUGAUUAAUAGAAAUAAGUCACAACCAUGGUGCUAUUAUUUUAUAAACUAGAAAGAGAGGAUAUAAAUUAUCUUCCCUUUUCUUUCUU